GGCAUUGAAAGUUUGUAGCAGCUAGCAGCUCAAUCUCGCUCGCAUCGUCGUCGGUCAUCAUCCACCAUAGCAACCUAGACUAGAUAGCUAGGCGGCCAAGCCUAGGCUUAGGACCUACAGGCUACCUAGUCGCCAUUCGUAAAACCACGUUUCGUGUGUUUUUGCAUUUGCUGCAUGAUGAUGAGUGGAAAAUUGGAAAAGGUGCAGACACUAAGUGACCAUCAAGAGAGGGUUUGGAACAUUGCUUGGAACCCCACAGGAACACUCUUAGCCAGCUGUAGCAGUGAUAAGACCAUUAGAAUUUGGGGUAAAGAGGGAGAUAAAUGGAUUUGUAAGACAGUACUGCAGGAUGGACAUACUAGGACCAUUCGAAGGGUAGCGUGGUCACCAUGCGCCAAUUUUCUUGCCUCAAGCAGCUUUGAUGCAACCACAUGCAUAUGGGAUAGACGUGGUGGUGAGUUUGAAUGUACUGCUACAUUAGAAGGUCACGAGAAUGAAGUUAAAUGUGUCGCUUGGGCACCAUCUGGUAAUCUGUUGGCUACAUGUAGUCGGGACAAGAGCGUGUGGAUAUGGGAAGGUAAGACAAUAUAUUUAUUGUCUUAA